CACUAUUAGUCAGGUAGCUCCGUCGAGUUUUCGUAAAAAUGGUAGAUUCUCGAUCCGGAUUUGUAUGGAUUUCUAUGGACAUUCUCAGCUUUCUCUUUGCCGUCUAGAUGAAGCUUGAGAUGUUGUGAUGCUUGGAUGCUGCGACGAAAUUGUGGCUUUUUGGUUGGCUUUUUUGCUUUUUACGUUGAAGAGUGUUGCUGAUUGCUGUAAUGUGCCAGUAAUGUGUGUAAAACGUUAGGUGAAGCGUUCCCGGCGACAAACUAAAAUAACAAAAUGUUGUAUCCGUACGAUGCAUGUAUCGUUUGGUACUUGUGGCAAAAAAAGUUAAGUAGGAAGUUUCUAAUUUCCUAAAAACCACUAACAGACAAAUAGUUAUCAGUGAACCAACUAUCGAAAUUGCUGAUAAAACAAGCAAUUAAACCAGUUUUCUGAGAUUUGGUAUAGUUGACCAGUGUUUAAUGGGGCAAUCAAAAAAAGGGUUUGAAUAGUCGGAAAUACACGUACCCACGGCAGAUGACAAGACCGAAAUUAGUUAUGGAGUUCCGCAAAUAUUGUUAUGUUUGGAUACUUAUGUACGGCGUGGGAACUCUACUUCCACCGAAUGCUGUAUUUGGUUUUUCGCAAGGACAAGGUGCACCCACGUGGAUCUAUCUGGGCAUAAAAUCACCGUUUAUCGUUUUCCGGUCUGAGAAUGAAGUAUUAUCGAAUAAUAGUGUUCUUCUAAAUAUAACAGAAAUGCGAAAUAAAUUGAAAUAUGUACAAAACCUCGACCACUUCAUUCGUCCGAUUGAUAACAGUCAAAUUAAAAAAAAUGGUCAAAAAGGUCAGACUGAUGAAGGCAAUGGAGAAACAUUUAUAGGAGGAAACAGUUCCAAACAGUCCAGUUCAGCAACACCUGAUGCAUCAUCAGUAUUUAGCGCGUUGAAUGUUCGUAGGGAUAACAUUUCUGCAAUUUUUCUAACUACAGUGAGCCCCUCAUUUAUUAAUCACUUUGGAAAGCAGAGCCAAGAAAAUGUCCGUCCAACUUCCAUUAGUAAAUUUCCAAACGUAAUGGCUAAUGCAGAUCACAUGAUUUCAGAUGAUGAUGGUCAACAAAUAGAACGUAAAUACAUUAUUCCAUUAGCUUUAAAAACGUCAACGAACGAAAAAGAAAAAACCUCAUCAGUAUUCCACGGCUCAUCUACAAAUAUUGAUGAUCUAAAACGACACAUUUUAAUGUUGCAAAAUCUUACACAAUCCGAUAAAAACUUUCAAAGCAAGUUUGUAGUUUUCCCUUCUUUGCAAAAGAAUGAAUCAACGACAUCUUGGCCCCCACUGUUUACAUCAGUUGCAUUUUCCGAUAAGCAGCAAGCGACUUUGUCACCACCGUCGUUUCAAAUGAAGGAAUAUUGGAGGAAACCAGUCGGAAAGCCCACUCCCAUUAGUCAAAAACCCGACAAAAUUACCAUCAUACCACAGGUAUUGCUACAAAACGACCAAACUAUUGAAAAUGUCAGAGAUAAGAAGGGCGACUCAGGAGAAGUCUCCAGCAAAUUUGUAGCUGAUAAAAGUAAAGAGGGCUCUUCAGCUAGUCACGCACAUGGACAAUCGAAGGCGCAAAGUAGUGAAGAGAAAAGUUUUGUUACAAAUCUUGGUCAUAAAUCAACAACAUCCAGCAUAGGUUAUUUCACCGAGGAUAGCUACAAAGGAAUGCUGGUCCCUACUCGUAAACUUAGGAGGAAAAACCAGAGAAAUGUGUUACUAGCAAGGAAUUCCUCUGAAGCAAGUAGUCUACACGAGCAUGUGCCAAACACGAAGAAGCAACGUAAGAACAAUCGACGAAUAUCGCGGCUGGGCAAAGGAAAACAACCAGUCGGAGCUUACGAUUCGAUUGAUAAUCCACAUUCGCCAAUAUUGCACAGUGAAUUAUCGUCGCAAACUGAUAGAAUCAAGCAUAUUUCUACUGAAAGCAGCGUGAAUGAGAACGAAAAUCUCAAACUCCGCGAAACAUGGACUAAACACCGGACGCGACGUAAUGAUAAUGAGCAAGAGCCUAAGCAAUUCCGUUCUUUGAAUGCUCCAUCUCAACACAUGGCCAGAAACAGACGCACUGAAGGCCGGUUGUUUGAACCAGUGACACCAUUAUCCAUUGGUACUUCCGGAAGUGAUGCAGGAUAUAUGCAUAACAGUGAUAAAAAUGAACUCAAUGAUCGUAAUCGAACCUUGCCAGCAUAUUAUGAGAAGGAUGUUAUAGAUCUUAAUCCAGAUCUUUGUUAUUCUGUUAGUGCGUUGAGUGGAGGGCAGCAAAAAUUGUGUGCUCAACAUACAAGCAUAAUGCCAGCUAUAAGCCGAGGAGCACGUGCCGCCAUACAGGAAUGUAAACACCAGUUCCGGAAUCGUCGAUGGAACUGCAGUACAGUGGAUGAUGUAAGCGUUUUUGGUCCAAUUUCAAAUAUAGGAUCGCCUGAGAUUGCCUUCGUUUACGCCUUGGCAGCCGCGGCAGCAUCCAGCUUCAUUGCUCGAGCGUGCCGUGAUGGGCAGUUGGCUUCUUGUGGGUGCUCGCGAAGCCUUCGUCCAACUAAGCUUAAUGAAGAUUGGACGUGGGGAGGCUGUGGUGAUGAUAUGGAGUUCGGUUACAAAUUUUCACAAACAUUCAUUGACACCAAAGAAAAGGAAAAAAAACGUGGCACUCGUGGGCUAGUGUCAAUACCUGCUAAAUAUCCCAGAAUAAUCGAGCAUCUGCUGGAUGCAUUUAACGAUACGACCAAAAAUGGAGCAUUUCUCAAUGCAAGCAUCAGACCAGAGGAUUUGGCCAUAUUGCAGAAGAAAAUAGCAACCGAAAUAGAAAAAUCGAACCUUACUCCGGGAGAAAUGAGUGACUUGCAGGAACGAAUUUACAAGGAAGUUACCAACUCCGAAGUAUUCAACCUGAAAAACGUCAACAUUUAUGAGAGGCUGAAAAAAAUGUUCCGUAAGCCAGACAAAACGCUCAAUGGGGUACAGUUUAGUGCUUCUGCCAAAGCAAGAGCCCUGAUGAAUUUGCAUAACAAUGAAGCUGGCCGUAGGGCUGUCAUAAAAAAAUCAAGAAUAAUUUGUAAAUGCCACGGUGUUUCCGGUUCAUGCAGUUUAAUUACUUGUUGGCAGCAAUUGACUUCUAUACGAGAAAUAGGUGAUUUCCUGCGAGAAAAAUAUGAUGAAGCAACACAGGUUAAAGUUAAUAAACGGGGUCGCUUACAAGUGAAAGAUCCGCGGUAUAAAAUUCCCUCUGCCCUCGAUUUAAUCUAUUUAGAUGAAAGUCCCGACUGGUGUAGAAUCAACCGUCAGCUUAAAUGGCUAGGAACACAUGGUCGGGUGUGUAAUAAAACUUCAUCCGAUUUAGAUGGUUGUUCUAUUCUAUGCUGUGGUAGGGGUUACAAUACUAAGAAGAUUAUUGUAAAAGAACGUUGCAACUGCAAAUUUCAAUGGUGUUGCCAAGUGAAAUGUGAAAUUUGUACCAAGACCAUCGAGGAAUAUACUUGUAAGUAGUGGAUUGUCAAUGAAAUGGAAUAAGCAUAAUAUAUUGCUGAAACUAUUUUGAUAAAACUUCUCGUGCAGCUUAUGAAGCUCAUUUCAUAAGCUUCUUUAUUGGAAAUGUUUGUUUUUUUUGUAAAUCAUUUAUCAGAGUUUAGUACAAGGCUCUAGAACCCUAAGUUUCAUGAUAACUAAGAAAUGUACGUGUAAUGUCAAACCAUAAAAAGUGGUUGAAUUGAUUCCUUCGCCUCGUUACGAUUACAUGGCAAAGAUCCCAGAUGUAUAUAGUUUAAUUUGCGAUACAUAUUAGGACGUUUUCAACAAUUUUGUAUUAAACAGUAUUAUAAUUUCCAUCCUCGUAUUAUUAUUUCUAUAAAUAUUUAACGCAAAAGCUACAAGGAACAAGCUUUUCAAAUUAUUUCGGCGUUUUUACGCUGUUAUACAUUUAUUAAGCACAAUAUCUAGCUUGAAGGAUGUCUAUAUUUUAUAUUCUCGAAGUCUAUUAUUUAUAUUUUGAAUAAAUAGUAACAUAAUGAUAUUUUCACUAGAAUUUAAAUUACACACAAGAAGCCAAAACUGAAUUGAAUGCACACGGAAAUCACUAAUGACUAUGAAAACAUAAAAUCAUAGGAAACGAGUGUUCGAUUAAUGAAAAAGGCAAUUUAACGUCAUGAAACUAACAACAUUGAAAUUUGAUUAAUUAAUCUUUUGACGAUACAUGAAUUGUUAGAAAGAUCGAACUGUAGAAAAUGGAGAAAAAUAAAAUGGCGAACAAAACGCAAAC